UUUUGUUUACCGUGUCUCGAAUACGUUAUUGUUAGGGUUAUUGGAUUUUAGCGGUUACUUGUCGACGCCAGCGAAAAACGGAAUGCUUCGUUGCAUACUGCGCCGAACGUUGCCCAUCGGACGCUUGGACGCAUUAUUUAUUGUUUCUUUGUUUCGCAGAGUGUAUCGACGGAUACGUUAUUGUUCGACGAUACACGAUGCUUGCACGACGAUGGAUGUUGCCCUGUUUACGGCACACGCUGUACGCUAUUACAUAAGAAGAGAUCAUUUCGAAAAAUCAAAUUUCAAAAAUUUCGAUGCUACUCGUACAAAUACUAUGAUGAAAAUCAAAACACAUUUCGUGAAGUACCAAUAUCUCAAGCCGUUGUUCUUUUCUAGGCUAAUGUUGCCGAAACGAUGACGGCUGAUUCAGAGAAAGAUAGCACCCACUGUUUAAUAUGUAACAGUAAAGUUGGUGUAUCCACUCGGAAUAGUAUACGUAUUUUUAAUGAAAAUUCUCUUACGUCGUCAGAGAAACCACUUGCAGAUAUCAUUUGUGCUGUUUUAGAAACAGAUUUGAAUGAAGAAAGUGUACAUUCUGUUGUCGUAUGUAAAAAAUGCUAUAAAUUAUUCAACGAGGUUGAUGAAUUGGAAAAUAGAUUAACAGAGGUGAAAUUAGAACUCUUUAACAAUUAUAAAAGGACUGUGAAGAAAGUAUCUGACAUGCAAAAUGAAGAAGAAUAUAAUGAUCAUGAUUAUAUAGAAAAUACAGAAAGCCAAGAUAUGGAACUAAAAUAUGUGGAGAAAGAUGAACAAGAAAUGCAGGAGCUGGAAGGAGAGGAAGAAAGAUUAGACGAAGAAGAAGAAGAAGAGGAGGAACCUACUUGCGAAGCAGAAGAAAUUAUUCUUAAAAUUGAACCGAUUCCUGAAACAAGUAAUACAGAAGAAAAGAAGAGGAUAAAACGAUCAAAGGUUCCAGCAAAAGCUGAAAUUACCCAGGAGCAAAUUGUAAGCAGAGAUGGUUCUAUCUAUACUUGUUUGUUAUGUACAAAUGAAGAAGACAAAGCUGUUGGAGAUGCGAAAUCUAUUAUUGCCCAUAUGAAAAGUGUACAUGAAACUCGUUUAUAUAUUUGUGAUAUAUGUGGAGAUGACUUCAAGAAGAGAAACGAACUUUCUCUUCAUCUUGACGAUCAUGUCGCUAAGGAAGAUGGUGAUUUUCAAUGCGAAAUAUGUAAUAGAAUAUUUAGUAACUUGCGCUUGUUUAGAAUUCAUAAGCGGAUACAUUAUCCGCAAGUAAAAUCUUGGCCGUGCGAAACGUGCGGUAAAAGAUAUAGCUCUAGAAAUUUAUUGGAAGAACACAUUAAUACACAUACCGGUGUGCGUCCUUACGUCUGUGAGAAUUGUGGAAAAGAUUUUGCUUCCAAAUAUACAUACAAGGCACAUAUAAAAACACAUGAAAUUAGACCUCGUCCUUAUGAGUGUUCACAAUGUAAUAAAUCAUUUUUAAGUCAGCAAAAUCUCAAUCAGCAUGAAAGAACUCACAAUGGUGUAAAAGAGUACAUUUGUCAUCAAUGUGGAAAAGCUUUUGGCUCGCCGCAUAAUCUAGAGGUGCACAAUAUAGUGCACACAGGUUAUAAGCCAUACAUAUGCAGAAUGUGUGGUAAAGCAUUUGCUCGCAAAGCUGAAAUAAGAGAUCACGAAAGGACACACACUGGGGAGAAACCGUACCAAUGUGAAUUUUGUGGGGCCACAUUUAGUCAGAGGUCAAAUUUACAAUCCCAUAAACGUGCAACGCAUUACAAUGAUAAGCGGUAUAAAUGUGACGAUUGUGGAAAAGGAUUUAAACGACGAAGGUUACUAGACUAUCAUAUUAAAGCAGCGCACACUGGCGAAAGACCGUACAAAUGUGAAAUUUGCACAGCGACGUUUGUUUAUCCUGAACAUUUUAAAAAGCAUAUGCGCAUACAUACGGGGGAAAAACCGUAUCUCUGUGAGGUUUGCGGUAAAGCAUUUAAUAGCAGAGAUAAUAGGAAUGCGCAUCGAUUUAUACACAGUGAUAAGAAACCGUACGAGUGUUUAGUAUGUGGUAUGGGUUUUAUGAGAAAACCUUUGUUAUAUGCUCACAUGCAAGCUCAGGGACAUCUAAACGAUACCAUUGUCGUUAAUCAACCGCGACUUACUACCGAGGACGAUCAAGUUUUAACAAUUCCUGAAGGUGACGUGGAACUGCUAAUGGACGAACCUGAAAAUGAUCAGUUGGAGGAGGCUGAAUUGUAUGUGACUGAAUUAAAAGACCACGUUAUUAUCCAGCAACAGAACGAAGAUCAGAUUUAUAACGAAGAAGAUGUAUUAAACAUUUCUGCAGAAGAAAAUGUUGCGGACGAAGAAGUAGGUCAUCUCGUUGAUGGAGAGAUGAAUUUUGUUGAAAAUGAAGGAAUGGAGUGUAAAGAAGAAGAUGGAGAACAAGUAGAGGAAGUAUAUAAUUAUAAUGCAGGCGAAGACGGGGAAACAAUAGUUGUACCAGCUACCUCAGAGUACAAAGAAAUGGGAGGAGACGAGAAGAACGCGGUUCGAUUAGUACAGAUUCGAUUCCCAACUUCCGUUAGUGGGGAAGGCAGAAGUUGGUUAAGCUUAGUACAAAAUACAUGAACUUUUUUUAUCAUUACUGUUAUGUACUGUAGCUUUCCUGACCUGGGGAUCAUCUGUCGAUAGUCCUCUACUAAUAAUAUAAAAUCGAUAUAAACGAAUUGUAUAACAAUGUAAGUGGGAAGAAUGGAUGACUUUUGCCUUAUACAGUAUGUGAGGUGUCAUGUUUAAAAUGACAUAAGCCGAAUUUAAUUAUCAUAUUAUACGGUAGUUUUUUUAUAUUUAAAUACGUUCUUGUAAUUUCUAUGAGAUAACUACUUUACUAUUCUACCGAAUAACUACACAAUUAAGUUAAAGGCAAGAAACUUAAAGAAGAUUUCCAUUUGAAUUUGUCUUGAUUCUAAUAGUGUUAAAAAAGGGUAAUUUACUGUUUUUGGUUUUAGCGGAAUCGAAAUGAUGUGUAAAAAUAUAUAAGCAUAAAAGAAAGUAUUUUGAGUUAUAAACUUUAAUAAGACAUUUUGUAUAAUUGUUUACGGUGCAGCAAGUCAGUAGUAUAAUUUUAAUUGUGAUGUAAACGUUUUACGCAGGUGCGUUAUCAUUUCUCUAUUUUUGAUAUUUUAUAGGGUUCACUGAAUCAAUGCGAAAUAAGGAAAUUAAUUAUUACCUCAAAUUUCUUAUUUUGUUUGUUUUGAAAAAAUUUGUGAAUUUUUAUAAUCCUUGUAUUGACACGAAUUUGUAGUUUACAUAACAAAUUGUUUGUGCAUUUAAAGUAAAUCUAUAUGUCAGGUUAUGUUAAUAAAAUGAAAGUAUGCAUUAGUGAAUCGUUUGGUGAAACUUAGUUAACAAAUUUCACAGGUAUUGCUAUUAGAAACUUCAUGCGUAUAAAAAUUAUGAAGUGUAUUUUUAAUUUUUUACGUUCUGAUUUUCAUAUUAGAAGUAGUUUAAAAUUAACUUAAAUAUCUAUUGAACAUCACACGAAAGUUUAAUUUAGAAUAUGUGUAGUAUUACUUUUAUUGUUUAAAAUGUAUACAAUAUUAAGUUCAUUUGCAAGCAAUGUUACGUAAGGAGAAUUGAAAUAAAUAUCUAAUAUGGAAACGAGAAAAUGUAGUUAAAUUACAUUUUCAAUUUCCAUGUACUGUCAGUUAUGUAAAGCUCUUUGUAACAAUAAUAAGACAAAUACGUACAAAUAAAUAAAGUAAUAAUGUU